CUGCUGAAGACUCUCCCCUCUGCCACUCCCCUCUCAACCGUCCCAGCAGUCCGCGGUGGAGUAGUCGGAUACAGCAGACGGGACUCAUGACUGCUCGGCUCUUUACGCAUGAGAAAUGUUUCUCAUAUUAAGGUACAAAAAGGUGGAACUGUGGGAGAAGUUCGCAUGUCAAGAGAAACGCUCAAAGACAACUUUUGUGAGCAAGAAUGAAAAUAAGAUGUUCCCACUACUUACAUAGAUUGAGACACAGGUACUUCCUGUUUUCUGUGUCUUUGCUGGCGGUCUGCCUGCUCAAGCUGGUCUACAUCAAAGUGACAGUGAGGGACAGCAUCUACAUUGAGCCCUAUGGGCUCUCUCUGGGCUUAUCCAGACUCCAAAACCGCAGGUAUGACAUCAACUGCACUGCCAUCUACGAACUUGACCCUGUGGAGAUAGGCAAGACUCUCGAGAUAAAACGGAAAGCCAUCAUUGACAUAGAUGAUGAGCACACUGUGAGACUGACCUCAGACUGUCAAACAUUUAUCAAUACGGGUUACAAUGAGAUACCAGUGUCGGAUGCAGAGCUGAGCUUCCCACUGGCUUACUCCCUGGUAGUGCAUAAGAAUGCACCCAUGGUGGAGCGUAUUCUUCAUGCCAUCUAUGCACCUCCUAACAUCUAUUGCAUUCACUAUGAUCAGAAGUCCUCUCCAGCAUUUAUAAAGGCAAUUAAAAACCUGGCUCACUGUAUUCCAAAUGUGUUCAUUGCCUCAAAAUUGGAGUCUGUGGAAUAUGCCCACAUCAGCAGGCUUAAUGCUGACCUAAACUGCUUGUCUGACCUGCUGAGGUCAGAGGUCAAGUGGAAAUAUGUCAUCAACAUGUGUGGCCAGGACUUUCCUCUCAAAUCAAACUAUGAACUUGUAAUGGAGCUGAAACAACUGAAUGGGAGUAACAUGCUGGAAUCCAGUCGACCCAGUGAACUAAAGAAGCAGCGCUUCAGCUUCCAACAUGAGUUGAAAAAUGUGCCUUUCGAGUACUGCCGUAUUCCUGUCAAAACCACUGUGGCCAAAGGCAUUCCUCCUCACGGAAUCGAAAUGUUCAUCGGCAGUGCAUAUUUUGUCCUGUCAUGGGAUUUUGUGGAUCACAUUAGCAGCAGCCAGGUGGCAAAGGACUUUCUGGCGUGGUCUGCUGACACAUACUCGCCAGAUGAACACUUCUGGGCCACCCUUGUUAGGGUCCCAGGGGUGCCUGGACACAUUCCCAGGUCUGAAGCAGACAUUACAGAUCUGAAAAGUAAGACACGAUUAGUCAAAUGGAACUAUUUAGAGGGGAAUCUUUACCCAGCCUGCACAGGUACACACAUGCGGAGUGUUUGUAUCUAUGGAGCUGCUGAACUUCACUGGCUCCUCAACUAUGGCCACUGGUUUGCUAAUAAAUUUGACCCCAAAGUGGACCCAAUCCUGAUUAAGUGUUUGGAGGAGAAGUUGAUGGAAAAACGUCAAAAUGUUCAUAUAUGAUACUGAAGCAAAGAGAAAAUGUGACAAGGAGAAGAGGGAGUAGUUACAGGGUAGGUGCAAAGAUGCAAAAUUACAUUACAAAGGGAAUGUAAAAGCAUACAUGUACUCAAUCUCGAGUGCAAUUUUGAUAUGCAAUUUUCAGAGUUUACUUGAGUUUUUUUUUAUUUUGUUAACUUACCUAUUUGAUUGAAAAUAGUAAAGUUACUAGUAUGACAUUUGUGUGGUAGCAAAUUAAGAUUUCUCAAUGAACACAUUCCUACCAGCUGAGACCAUGUGGAGUCAACAGCUGAAGCACCUGCAACAUUAAACCACAGUGAAAGGAGUCAUUUUUUAAGUUGACUUUCAUUUAAAGAGUGUAUCUCACCAUAAACAUAUACUUGAUCAAUUCCUGGGCUUUUAAUGACUUGUUUUUACUGUGUGACGUCCACCUCUGCUAGAUUAUUUCAUUCAUUCUAAUAAUUGUCACUUUUAGUGACCACACUAGGCAUUCAAUCAGUAAAUUUUUGCAAAUGAAAAAAGUGCCUUUCUCUGACACAAUAAUGGGUUAUUUGAAGAAAUGCAAUCCUAACAACAAAUGCCAUUUGACAACCAAAUACAGUGUCCACAUUGUUUUGAAGUUAGAUUUCACAGACUACUCUUAUAUUGAGAUUAGAAAUGCCAAAGAUUCAUGCUGUUGUUAUGUGUUCUGUAAAGUGAAUGCUACAUAGGGAUUAAUGUGAAAAAGAUUGGUUUAGAUUAAUAUGAAACGUUUAUAUUCAUGUGAAAGCUUGUGAUAUUUGAUGAUUUAUUUAUUUCUGAAUAAAAGUAUGGUGCUUCUCA